CCUCGAGUCAACGGUCGUCCUUUGCCAACAGCACAUCAGCGCGUUCGUUUACGACAUACUCGUGACCGUGCAUAAAGCCUGGCCACCGCGCUGCUACAGCGUUCUGACCCCCGCCUCCACAAAAUGCCGAUGCUACCGGAUCCAUCAAUAAAGUACCGGCCGUACACGCCGCUCAAGCUCGAGAAUCGCCAGUGGCCGAGUCGUAUCCUCAACAAGCCUCCCAUUUGGCUGUCCACCGACCUUCGUGACGGCAACCAAUCGCUCGCAAAUCCUAUGACCAUCGAGCAGAAGAGCAUGUUCUUCGACAAGCUCGUGCAGUGCGGAUUGAAGGAGAUCGAAGUGGCGUAUCCCGCCGCCAGCGAUACCGACUUCAAUUUCGUUCGCGGUUUGGUCGAACAAAAGAAGAUUCCGGACGACGUAUGGAUUCAAGUUCUCACCCCUGCGCGAGAAGACUUGAUCAAGCGUACUGUCGAUGCCGUCGCAGGAGCGAAAUAUGCCAUCCUCCACAUGUAUAACGCAACCUGCCCCUGUUUCCGCGAAGUCGUUUUUCGAAACUCAAAAGAGAAGACCCUCGAACUUGCGAUACAACACACCAAGAUCGUCCGCAAACUCACGGACGAAUGCACUGCCAAGUACGGGACGAUAUUCAAGUACGAGUACAGUCCGGAGACGUUCUCGCAGACCGAGCCUGAAUUUGCCCUUGAAGUCUGCGAGGCGGUCAAGGCCGCAUGGGGUAAGGCAGGGCCCGGGGACGAGCGGAUCAUCUUCAAUUUGCCUGCGACCGUGGAGGUCGGACCUCCAAAUCACUAUGCCGACUUGAUCGAAAACUUCUGCACCAAAAUAUCCGAGAGAGAAAAGGUGGUUGUUAGUUUACAUCCCCAUAAUGACCGAGGGACCGGUAUCGCCGCUGCGGAGCUUGGUCAAAUGGCCGGUGCGGACCGAGUCGAAGGCACAUUGUUCGGGAACGGAGAACGAACCGGAAAUGUCGACAUCGUUAACCUAGCUCUCAACCUCUACACCCAAGGAAUCAAUCCGAAGCUUGAUUUCAGCGACCUGCAGGGCGUCAUAGACGUCGUCACUCAUUGCAACGACCUUCCCAUACACCCUCGGCACCCGUACGCGGGAGAGCUCGUUCACACCGCGUUCUCUGGCUCACAUCAGGACGCGAUCAAGAAGGGCUUCGAGGCGCAGAAAAUCCGACAUCAAGAGGCCGCGAAAAAGGGCGAGAACCUCUGGUGGGAUAUACCGUACCUUCCCAUCGACCCGGCCGAUUUGGGCGAAACGUACGAGGCCGUUAUCCGUGUCAACUCCCAGUCGGGCAAGGGCGGCAUCUCCUAUCUCGUCAAGCAGCACCUGCAGCUGGACCUGCCCCGGAAGAUGCAGGUCGCAUUCUACCAGGUUGUUCAGGACAUUUCGGAUCGCGAGGCGCGCGAGAUGACCGUCGACGAUAUUACCACCGCCUUCCGGAAGACGUAUUUCUUCGGCGGGCCGAGUUAUCAGGGUCGCUUGGUCCUGCGAUCCUUCAAAAUCUCGGCAGAGGCUAUCGAUCAUCUGGACCAGCUCGACGUUGCAAUCACGGAGGCGCCCGACGAACGUCGUCGGUUCGAUGGCACGUUGUCCGUGGACGGCGUCCUCCGAGUCAUUCGUGGAGACGGAAAUGGUCCCCUAUCUGCUUUGAUGAACGCUCUCCGCACGCAUCUGGACAUUGAUCUGACCAUUAGGGAGUAUACGGAGCACACGAUUGGCGAGGGCGAUGCCGCGAGAGCCGCUUCGUACGUAGAGCUCGUCCCCACGCAGGAGAACAUCAAGGAUACGAAGAAAUCGGCGCAGUCCUGGUGGGGCGUUGGGGUAGAUACCGAUAUUGCCGCCUCCGGUUUGCGUGCUGUCCUCAGCGCUGUGAACGCUGCCAUAGGCGAUCGGACCCUGCCCGAGCUCAAGCUUUCCAUCGGGUUCUAUGCUCGUUCCGGGCAGGCGGACAUCGCGUCCAAAAUUCUCAACUCCUUCGGACUCGAGCUGCCUCGUCGCUUGCAGUCUGCGUUCUUUGAGGUCGUGCAGCGCACUGCACAAGAACAAGGAGGAGAAAUAUCGUACCAGGCUCUCCUGGAUCUCUUCAAAAGCACGUACGGUUACGAAAGCGCAGACUCGAAGCUGUCGAUGACGGCGUACAAGAUGGAGCCUCUUGAGGACGCAGAAGGCCGACGGAUCAUCGUGGACGCCCUUGUCGACGGCGAGCCGCUGAGCCUCACCGGUCAGGGAAACGGUCCUCUAUCGGCGCUGCUAGACGCCCUCAACAAGAAAUGGGAGGGCACGCUGAGCAUCCGGGAAUACUCGGAGCACUCCGUGGGAGAGGGUACGGAGGUCAAGGCGGCGUCGUACGUCGAGCUGGUAUACGAGGCGGAAGGACAGCCAAGGCGGAGCGCGUGGGGCGUGGCGACCGAUACGGACAUCGCGUCCAGCGGUCUGAAAGCGGUCUUCUGCGCAGCAGACAAGUUCUCGCGGAAACGACGAGCAUGAGAUGUUGACGUUGAGUAUAGCUCCCCUUGGCGUGUGUUCUAGCGUAGUGAUAUAUGACAUGGGGCGCAAUGGCGCUGCUGCCGGCGCUCUACCUACCAAACCGC